GAUACAGCGAGUAGGGUGAGGAAUCGCACAGAAUCGCAGUUGGAACUGUUGGAAGCGUACGGCGUUCGGGGUGACGAAGUGUGAUCCGUACGGUCUUACUCUCGCGAGAGAGAGAGAGCGGGAGGAACGGAACGGUGAUAACACAAGAACGGUGCAACGGUCAUUCUCGACACGAUCCUCUCUGUCGCGCGCAUUCCGCACACAAUCGCCCACGCGACAAUCCCGCGCUGUGAAUCUGUCAAACUUCGUUAGCUCGAGGAUACGGAUAAGUCUACCUGCGUGCACGCGCGCGCGUGAGACACGACUCGAGCGAAAUGUCCUUCUCCAAGGCGAGGAUACAGCGGUUCAACGAGCUUGGAAGCGAUGCACCACCACCAGGCGCUUACGAUCCAAAAUUUAACAGUAAAGUGAAAGGAAUUGUUAUUGAGAAGUCUGAUAGAUUUUUAGAUAGUAAAAGCUCAAGCAGCGCGGAAUGCAAUGCAUCAAUAAAGAGUAAUGCGUCGGCUCCUAUUUUUCGUGUGCCUCAACUUCCAUCGAAACGAUUAAUUACAACUGGAUCGAUUUAUCCUAAAUUAAAAACCCCGCAACCUUUAAUCAAAAAUCAAAAUAUGAAGUAUGAAUCCAAACAGCAACUUGCAGAUCUUCAAGUAGAAUGUUUGAAUAAAGAUAAAACUAUACUGGAACAUGAAAAGCAUAUCGAGGACAUGAAAGACGAGAUACAGAAAUUAGAAAUAGAAUUAGAGGAAUUACGUAAAAAUCAAAAUGAAAUGGAAACGCAACAGAAGAAAGAUAUAGAAGCAAUGGCUAAGUUGCAACAGGAUGUAAUAAAUAGUCAUGAUAAUAAACAUCUGGCAGAAAUGCAGAGGCUUCGAUCUCAAUUAUUACAGAUGGAAAAGGAAAAAGAGCAUGAGAUUUCAACACGAAAAAUAAUGGAAACCGAACUCAGAAAUCGUAUUGCUGUACUGUCGGAAGGAAUGACAUUAUUGGAAGCUGAAUUGUGUGCUAAGAAAGAGGAAAAUAGAAUAAAAAUCGAAGCUCUUGAAGCAAACAUUAAAGAAUUAUUGAAUAAAUUGGAAACAGUGAAACGAGACCAUGAUAUCGAAGAAGAACUACAACACGAAUUACAUGAGCUUAAAACACAAUAUGAAGAGCUUGCUGCCAAUUAUGCUUAUAAAAUAUCCGAUUUUACUAACAAACAUAAGGAAGAAAUUGAAUGUUUGAAAAGUGAUUUUGAAAAAGAAAAAGAAGAACUCUUAGAGCAAAAUAAUUUUUAUAAGACACAUGCAUCAAAAAUGGAAACAAAAGCAAAUGAAAUAGAAGAAACGAACUAUUCUCUUACAAAAGAAUUGAAGAAUCUGCAAAAUAUUCAUGAAGAUAUAAGUCGACGUUUACAAGUAGCUCAAGAUGAGCUGAAGCUUUCAAAUGAGAGGCAUACCAUUACAAUAGAAAAAUAUAAAAAAGACUUGAACGACAUGACAAAUAUACACACUGAAAACACAUCAAAACUGGAGAAAUUAUUAGAGGAUGCUGCAGAUGAAUACAUAAAAGAAUUAGAAAAUAUUAAGAAGGCGAAAGAUGAAGAAAUAGAGGAAUUAAAACAAACUUCUGUUAAAAAACUUGAAGAGGAAACUGAACGGAUAAUGAAGCAUGCUCAGGAAAUGAUUGAAAAAGCUGAGGCUGAUAAACGAGAUACACUAAUAGCAUGUCGCAUUGAGAACAAGGAACAGGUUAAAAAGACGAUUGUUGAAUGCGACGCCAAAGUAAGCAGAUUACACGUCAAUGCCAUGGUCGAAGAGGCGCGAAAUACUGUGGAAGAAGAGAUGCGACUGGCUAACGAGAGAUAUAAAGCAUGUAUACUUCAUAUGGAAAUGGAGCGUGCUGCAUUAGAUGAAAAACUUUUACAGAGAGAUGCUGAAAUCACCAAACUUUCCACAACACUUGAGGAGCUAAAAUCAUCCGUGGAAACACAGGCAAGUUUUAGUCAAAGUUUACAAUCUGAAUUAGAUAAGGCGGAAAGCGAUUUAGCGGAAAAGAAACAAGAAUUGAGAGCCUUAAAGGAUCACAUUAGAACAGAAGCUGCUGAAAUGGUUGCCAGGAAGAGAAGAUUUGAGCUAAUUAUGGCUGAAAAUCAAGCAUCUGUUGCUGCGCUUACUAAUCGGUUGGCUCAAAGUAAUGCUGAAGUGGAAAGAUUACAGUAUGAAGUCAAACGUGGUGAAGAUAACAUACGCGAACAUAAAGACCUGCUUAAUGCGAUGCGUAACAACUCGCAAAUGGUACACGAACAAGUCCAAUCUUUUAUGAAAGAGUUAGAUGCCCACAGACAUCUAGUAGAUCAGCAUCAGUCUGGUAAUUUGUCUCAAUUUGAUUCCAUAAAAUCUAUCUUUGAGGCAAAAAUCGAAAAUCUAAAACAGAAAACUGGGCAAGAAAUUGCAAGACUUGAGGAUGAUGCUAAAUUGAAAUCUAUAUUAAAUAAUGAGUUGAGAACACAACUUGAGGAAAUGUCUGAAAGUAUCAAUGAUGCGCAGAAUGCAUUACUCUUGUUAGAAGAACAAAAUGACGCUAGAGAGAUCGAUCUUUCACGAAUGGAACUAGAAAAUAAUAAACUUUUAAAAGAAUUAAAUAGUCGCGACGAAGCUUUAGGAGAAAGUAAGCGAUUACUUCAGGAUCAGGCAAUGGAACAUCAAAUUAUCAUAGACAAAGCAAAUUCUCGAAUAGAAGAGCUUUCUGAAAAAGUUAAACAAUUCGAAGAAAUAGAAAAAACUACUAAGGAGACCACUUUAUUAUUAGAGCAAGAACGAAUCAAAUGGAAAUUUUCGGAAAAUGAACUUGCACAGCAACUCAAAGAGGAAAGAAUACGACGAGAAGAAGUUGAAGAGGAGGUCAAAAAAUUAAUAACAUCAAAUGAGAUUCUUGAGAAGGAUUACAAAGAAAUUGUUGAAAAAUAUGCUGACGUAAUUGGUCAUCAGAAUCCUAAGCAAAGAAUCAAACAUGUGAUUCAGCUAAAAGAUAAAAACUACGAAUUGGAACAGGAAUUGCUAAACAAGACCAGAUUAGUGGAACAACAACAAAAGAUCAUAGAAAAGUUGAGAGCAGAAGAAAAACGAUCUCAUUGGAAAGGCAAGGAAAAUAUAGGAAUGGUACAUUCCACCCCUAUUUCUUCUCCACAUAAAACAUUGACACCAUUAAAAGAUCGAAAUGAUUAAUCUCAAACAAUAAUUCAAUAGCUUGUCUUCUUAAGUUAAUCUAGAUUACAAUUAUUUGAAUACUUAUGCUUGAAUAAUUUCUUGAGGAAUUAGAACAAUGGUUGCCGCGAUAUUUAAUAACUUUAUCUGUAUUGUUAAAAAAAUCUUUGAAAGAUGUAUAUUUUGUAAAAGUUACAAAAUUAUUGUUAGUACUGUUAAUUUUGCCAUUAUGCAUUUCGAGCUGAAAUAGAUAUACUGUAAUUAUAUACUGUCGAAGUAUGUUAUAAAGUAUGUUAUAAAAAACAUUUCUAAUAUAUAAUAUUUUACAUUUUAUAUAGUUUGUAUAAUAACAUGAUAUAUUAUACGCGGCUAUUGUACGAACAAUCUAUUAAUAUAUAGACUUGCUAUAUAAAUAUACCUUUUAUAUGAUUUUAACGAA